GUGCGGGACGCAGAGCCGGCGGCGGGGCCCUCCCGCUGGCUGCCCACGCACGUCCAGGUGACUGUGCUGCGGGCCCGCGGGCUGCGGGGCAAGAGCUCGGGCGCGGGCAGCACCAGCGACGCAUACACGGUGAUCCAGGUGGGCCGCGAGAAGUACAGCACGUCGGUGGUGGAGAAGACGCAGGGCUGCCCCGAGUGGCGCGAGGAGUGCUCCUUCGAGCUGCCGCCCGGCGCCCUGGACGGCCUGCUGCGGGCGCAGGAGGCCGACGCGGGCUCGGCGCCCUGGGCCGCGGGCAACGCUGCCGCCUGCGAGCUUGUGCUCACCACCAUGCACCGCUCACUCAUCGGCGUCGACAAGUUCCUGGGCCAGGCCAAGGUGGCGCUGGACGAGGUCUUCGGCGCAGGCCGCGCCCAGCACACGCAGUGGUACAAGCUACACUCCAAGGCAGGCAAGAAGGAGAAGGAGCGCGGAGAGAUUCAAGUCACCAUCCAGUUCACUCGCAACAACUUGAGCGCUAGCAUGUUUGACCUGUCCAUGAAGGACAAGCCGCGGUCCCCCUUCAGCAAGAUCAAGGACAAGAUGAAGGGCAAGAAGAAGUAUGACCUGGAAUCUGCCUCCGCCAUCCUUCCGAGCAGCGCCCUAGAGGAUCCCGAUCUGGGCAGCCUGGGCAAGAUGGGCAAAGCCAAAGGCUUCUUCCUCCGCAACAAGCUGCGAAAGUCGUCCUUGACCCAGUCCAAUACCUCACUGGGCUCGGACAGCACCCUGUCCUCGGCUAGCGGGAGCCUGGCCUACCAGGGGCCCGGUGCCGAGCUACUCACCCGCUCACCAAGCCGCAGUAGCUGGCUGUCCACCGAAGGGGGCAGGGACUCUACACAGUCCCCCAAGUUGCUCACCCACAAGAGGACCUAUAGCGAUGAAGCCAGCCAGAUGCGAGCGGCUCCUCCUCGGGCCCUUCUUGACCUUCAGGGCCACCUCGAUGCUGCCUCCCGCUCUUCCUUGUGUGUCAAUGGGAGCCACAUUUACAAUGAGGAGCCCCAGGGCCCUGUGCGGCACCGCAGCUCGAUCUCAGGCCCAUUUCCACCCUCUAACUCCCUGCACAGUGUCUCUUCCCGGCCCUCCGAGGAGGGACCUCGAUCCGCAGAUGACUCCUGGGGCAGGGGCAGCCGCAGCACCAGCAGCUCGGAGGCAGUGCCUGGACAGGAGGAGCUGAGCGCUCAGGCCAAAUUGCUGGCCAUUGGGGCCAGCCGGUCUGGAGAGGAUGAGGGGGCCCGGCUUCCAGAGGGGAAGCCAGUGCAGGUUGCCACCCCCAUGGUGGCCUCCUCUGAGGUUGUGGCAGAGAAGGAAGGAGCCCGGAAGGAGGAGCGCAAGCCCCGGAUGGGCCUCUUCCACCAUCACCACCAGGGGUUGAACCGGAGCGAGCUGGGGCGCCGCGGCUCUCUAGGGGAGAAGGGGGGUCCCACCCUGGGGCCCCCCCCCUACCAUUCAUCCAGUGGGGAGGAAAAGGCCAAGAGUAGCUGGUUUGGCUUGAGAGAAGCCAAGGAACCAACUCAGAAACCCAGCCUGGACGUGUCUCCUCAGGUAGAAUCUGACCCAGCUGCUCUUCCUCACCACCUCCCCUCCUCCCCCUGGGCUCCGGCCCCCCCCACUCCUGCUCCCACCGCUGCUCCCAUGCUAAGCAUUAACCUUUUUGCAGCCGCCUCCCCCACUGCUGCCACUGCUGCUGCCACCACCGCCACCCCUGAAGCCACCCCAUCUGGAUUCAUGGGUAUUACCAACCCGUUCCUCACCUCCUUGCAGAACAACCCCUUCUUCGAGGAGCUCGUAGCCGACAUAGCACUAAACUCUCCUUCACCUGCUCCCUCUCUCCCCAGUGCCUCGAGGGCCAGCCCCACCCCCUGGGCCUCCCCUGGGAAAGCCCUGCCUGAGUGGGACGACACCUUCAACGUCUUUGCUGCUGGCAGGCUACAUCCAGAGGCCAGAAGCGAGAUCCUGGCCUGUGCAGGAGUGGGGCUGGAGGUGGCUGGGCUGCAAGACCCUGGCCCUCAGGCUGUGACAGUGAAGGCAGCUGAACCUCAGGGAGACCGUGGGGGCGGAGGAGGAAAAGGUGGGAGCAGCGUGUGGCUGGAGCCCAGGGUUCCUCUGGACUUGGGACUGGACCAUGAGAACACGAGUGCAGCUGAUCUGGGGACCCUCGGGUCGUUUGGGGCCAGCCUGCCCUCCAUGUCAGCCCGGCUGCACCUAAGAGCCUCAGCCUCAGAAUCAGACAGGGAGCCACUGGCUCCAGAAGGGGAAGCAGGGCAGAGUCCAGCAGACAGUGGGACGUCUCUGUUUAGCUCCCCAGAAGUGAUCAGUGUGUGGGAGAGGCUACCCGGCCCAGACAAUGCUGCUGAAGGCCAGGACAAGGAGGCCUCCCAAGGUGAAAGCCAGCUUUUCCAUGAGCUCAAUACAGUCGACGAUUCCUGGCCUUGGGAUGUGGUCAUCAUUUCUCCUGCAGCUGAGAUGGCCUCACCAGUGGAGCUGCCUCCUCCCCGGGUACAGCCAGAAUCACCAGAAACUGUGAGCCCCAAGGGGAGUGAGGGGCUUCCCCCACUGGACCUAGAGCCAGAGCCUAAACCCAAGUGGGUGUCGGAUGAGGGGCCUCAGCCCAGCACGCCACCUCCCAAGCCACCACGCCUCUUCACACCCUCAAGUUCCCAGGACAAGGAGGCGGAGGAAGAGAAGGCUGCAGGGGGGCUGAGUAGCAGCGGGGCAGGGACAGGAGAAGAAGAUGCCUCCCGAAGUGCACUGAUUGUUGGUCCCCAGGAGAGCAAGGAGGAGGGAGAGAAGCCUGAGUCGGACCGCAGUACUUCUGACCGCAGUACUUCUGGAACCCUGCUGGGUGAGCCAGGCCUGGAAGAUCUAGUGGAGGAUGCCAUCCCCCCUGUGUCUGGGCCCUGCUUAUCUGUGCCCACCAGCUGCACUGAGGAUCCCACCCCUGUACCCUGUUACUCAGAGAGCUUGGCUCCUGAGAGUGAGCAGAUCUGUGGGGCUCCAGAGAGAAGAGAAGGCCCUGAAGCUCCUGAGGAGGCCCAGAGCCAGGGUCCAGUAGGAGAGGGGCUUGGGCCCCUGUCAGUCACCUCCCAGCAGGCUGAUCUGUGGGCCUCUGAGGAGAAUGCCUUGGGCCCCUUCUUGUCUCAGGGCAACGAAGAUUCCCCCAAAGAUCCCCCCAACCUCCCAUCCACAUCCCCGCCAGGGUCCAGGGAAUCUUCCAUCCAUUCUGGUCCAGAAGAGCUGCCCACCCCCCCAGAGCCUGCCUUCCCACCGCCCCCUCUCCCGCCCUGGGCCAGCUACCAUCAUGGGGGGCCCAGCCCUCCAUGCUCUCCCUUGCCUGGAGCCUGGCCCCCGACCUCUUCCUCCCCAACCCCAGAGGAGUUGGCCUCACCUCCUGGCCCCUUUGAGCCCUCCCCACCUGGGGGCUCCCCUGCCCCACGCGGGGAGGACAGCGCUGCAGCCACCCCAGCCUCCCCGCUUGUGCUUCUGCCCUUGGAGACACGACCAGCUGAGGAGUCACAGUCCAGUGCCAGUCCCCACCCCGUAAAGCCCCUCAGUACCACCUCCGUGGAGGGCAGCCCCGACAGGAAGCAGCCCCGCUCCAGUCUGAGCACAGCCCUGAGCAGUGGGCUGGAGAAGCUGAAAACAGUCACAUCUGGCAGCAUCCAACCUGUGGCUCUGGCACCCCAGAUUGGCCAGACCGUGGACACCAAGAGGCUGAAGGACUCAGCUGGGCUGGACCAGUCGGCCAAGUACUACCACCUGACCCACGACGAGCUCAUUGGUCUGCUCCUGCAGCGGGAGCGGGAGCUGAGCCAGCGUGACGAGCACGUGCAGGAGCUAGAGAGCUACAUCGACCGGCUGCUGGUGCGCAUCAUGGAGACCUCACCCACACUGCUGCAGAUCCCCCCCAGUCCCCCCAAGUAGUCCUCCUCACCCCAGCCCCAGG